AUGCUAAAUUAUCUGAUCUUCCCGACUUAUCUCCUCAUUGUGGCCUUUAUCACAGUUUUUCCCAACUCCCAUUGCACAAUGUUUUACUCGGUAUACUCUUGGGAAGGGCCCGAUGAUUGUGUUGACUACAAUAUGUUCAACAAUCUGACUAAAGCGGUGUAUGUGAUAUUAGGCUUCAACCUUGCUGCGUAUUGCACCAUUUCUGGUUCCUUGAUGGUUCAGGUAAGUGGUUUUUGAAUAAAAGGUGUAUCGAGAAACGAGGAAUCUCAACGAAACAAAAUUUCAUUUUCAGCGCCGUCAAGCCGGACAGGCAAGCCGUCAAGCAGAUUUGAAAGCGGAACAGAGGGUUCUACUCUCUACAAUGUCCUCUUUUUUCUCAUCAUUCGUUUUGAUCACCGGUAAAUUGAUACUAACCGGAUCUUUGAACGAUGUGACGUUGGCCAGAGUGGCAUAUCGUGCAUUAGUGCUCAUUUCAAGCAACGUGUUCUUGUUUUCGCUGGUUUUUGUGAACACGUAA